AUGGCUUGGUCCGAGAAGCUGAGGUUCGUCGUCGAGCCUAUUCUUUUCCUCAGUUUCAUGACGACGUCGAUUGAGAUCUCCCUCGUACAACAGCUCAUCCGACGGAAAGUGUGUCUCGUGUCAGGAAUGCUGAACUGCGAUGGGAAGCCGAGCGCUGAGCUCAUCCUCGAAGCAACUCCAUGGAUCGGAGCCUACAACAUCGCUCUCUCCUCGGUGACCUUCGUAGUGGGACUGUGGUUCGGAUCGUGGGCCGACAAGUACGGACGGAAGAAGAUGAUGGUGAUUCCAUACGUCGGAAGUAUUUUGUCGACGCUGAUUUUCAUCAUCGCUUCGAUCUUCAUCGAGACCACCCCCCUCAUCCUGAUGGUUUCGGCCGUCAUCAUAGGAUUGAGUUCCGGAACUCUGGGAGUAGGCUCCACCUGUUUCGGCAUCAUCAGCGUCGUGACCACGUCGGAAGGUCGGAGCGGCAGAAUCGCAAUCAUGGAGGCCAUGAUUUUCACUGGAGGUGCCCUGGGAUUCUACAUCGCGGGUUACGCGCUCCCUCGAUCGAGUUUCGCUGUGGUGUUUUGUUUGGAGAUGGGUGUGCAUCUCAUAGGACUCGCGUACUUGAUAAUGUUCAUCCGGGAACCCGAAGAGUCGCUGGAAGAGAGACAGCGACAUUCCACGGAAUCGUUCAUGAGCACGGAGCACCUCCUGUCCAUGUAUCGAACUGUUAUCCGUCCGAGAGCGCGGCGUUUACGGGCCGUUCUCGUUCUGCUAAUAUUUUCCUCGUUCAUGUUGGCGUUCGGUAUGGCGACCGCCAGCCAGCUCACCUACACCCGUUUGACGUCUCCCCCGGUCAAUUGGAAGCCGGCGAAAUAUUCGUUUUACCAUGCAUUCAUGGUUUUCGCGCAGGGUUCUAUGCUGGUCAUCGUUCUACCGCUUUGUCUGCGAUUCUUCGGCAUCCGAGACACCACGACCGGAAUCAUUGGGGCUGUGUCGAGGUUGUUAGGACUCACCGGGCUCGCGGCCGCUACCGAGGACUGGAUGUUCUACCUGACGAUCGCCUUUUUCUCGUUUUCGGAAUUCGCCAUGCCGGCGGUACGAUCCAUCUUAUCGAAGAUCGUGGAUCAGAACGAAAAGAGUCAAAUAUUCGGACUCAUGGGCGCUCAACAGUCGCUGGCGUUCGUGUUAACGGGGAUCAUUCUCUUGUUCCCUGGAUCGAUGACCACCUUGUUCCCCGGUUUCGGGAUGGCUGUCGGGGCUGUUUUCCAAAUUGUGCCCAUAUUGACGCUGCUUUACCUUCGAUUCUUCCUUUCUCUCGAUGAAGGAUUAUCGGAGCUACGGAAUGAGAGUGUUCAUCACUCCGGCUACGACUCGGUCGUCGAUGACGGACUCGUAGAUCCGCGAGGACAACCUUGAAAGGGCAUUGCUCGAGAACUCUGACCGUAUCCCUGAGCCUCACCAUUGGAUGUGAUACCCACUCAGAGCCGAGCCCGAUCGUCAGAAUUCCACGUCAAGAAACUCGUCGGAGGCGCCUGAAAAGUUUCCUGAAAAGAGUUAUUCCGGUCGAAGCAAUGAUCGAAUACUGAAGUUUUUUCUUCAUUUUCGCCUGAAUUUUUGACGAAUCUUACAUUCGUUAUUCGUCCUUGUGUUGAGUAGAAUCGCCUUCGAAUCGCUUAACUUCGAAUCGCCUCUAAUGGAAUCGUUCCAGCCCAGCCUCGAAGGAUAUUUUCCUCAUCGCUCCGAGUAGCGGGGCCGAGAAUAAGGGCAAAUUCAGCAGGCAAAUUUAAACAUGGAGCUUAACCGGGAUGAUUUCGCGCCGCACGAAUCAGGUGAUUAUCUCGGAAUGAGCGCGUGGCGGAAUUUCCAGAGGUAUCCGUGGCGGCAUACUCUGACCAGAUUGAGCGGGACGCUUUCAUAAGAGUGCGCCUGCGCAUACAUUAUACACUCGACAGAUGCCGAGCACAGUCGCUUUUCUAGGAGUUAUCAGACUGAAGCUCUAGAAUGGCGAUACUCAUAGAGCCAAAUCUUUCCUGACGCUUGUUAUCAACUAUCGGAUCAUUAUUCUUGAAAAAUAUACUCCUGAGAUUCGGAAGGGAUCUCCUCUGGAGAGCCUGACAAGAAAGGCUCCCGAUUGAGGAGUGGAGAGUGAAGCUUCUGAAGAGCAGUGGUUAGAGGCGCUAUGCUGAUGGCUUAGUACGUUGGUCUCGGAUGCAGGGUCGACUCCAUUCUCAUCCAUGGGCCUACUCCAUGGGCAAUGAUUGACGCCCCCGAACGCUGCGAAGGAGCAAGAACCAUCUCUCCGGGACUUUCGGCGAUGAGAGACGGCGUUGAACAAGACUGUACCAGGCAAUUGCACGUCAGGUCGUAAAAUUCGGGUUAUUCAACGCUUCCGGAUAGGAACCUGGCAGACGCAUCCCGUUUUACGACAUCCCGCGAUUCGUGUCUUUUGAUUAGUGGAGAUUUACUAUCCCUAAGAAAAUUAUGUGAAGUCAUCUGUCUGUAUAGCUCAAUAUAGAUGCCUGUUUCGGAGAUGCUUUGCACAUGUAUUUUCCCCAUGUCGUGAAUUUUAUCAUGUAUUAAAACUUGUGAUAACUCAAGACGGAUGUUGAUGCAAUAAAAGGUAAACAAUG